ACUCAAGUGACAAGUCAGCCACUCUUUCUUUUUUCCUUUCUCUUUUUUGCUUCUGUUGCAGUUGCAGUCCCCCCUUGGCAAUGUUGAUCGAACAACGAUGGAGGAUAAACCACAUUACCGGCUUACUGCCGUGUUCAACAAAAUCAGUAUCCACAAUUAUCCUUCUCCAAAAAUUGCAUUAAUCAAGAUUCCACAGAGUUUGUUUGUUGCCGUCGUUCUAAGAAUUCAACAAUUUUGUUAUUCGAGAUGCCAUUUGUAGAAUCAGCUUGGUUACAUGCGAUUUUCGAUAAGAUAGAUUUUGUGAUUCAAUUUGCAAGGCCUGCAUAUGAAACGUUACACAAGAGUCUUUGACAAAGCCUCCAAUUCAAUGAUUAGGAGGUUUAAACUGAACUUUGAGCUUUCGAAGAUAUUUUUCAGAAAUACUACCCUCAAACUUGAAAAAAAAAAAGGCUGUAAAAUGAUUCUUGUAGAAACCCAUUCAAGUAUGACUCUACACUUGGUCACAUACUAUUUUUUGGAAGUGGCAUCGCAAGAUCGACUAAGCAUUGAGUCUCUGCACCGGACAAAGUGCGCAAGAGAGGGGAUUGGCACAUGUUCCAGAAUGUUAUGAGGUUCCCGUUUCUGAACGUCCUAGCUUGAAUUCCCCCGAAGCUCAGAUUCCUGUCGUUGACCUGACUGGAUUGCAAUUGGGGCCCACUCACCGCCCAGCUAUCGUUGAAAGCAUUAGGCAAGCUUGCCAGCGCUUCGGAUGUUUCCAAGUAAACCUAGUUUUCUUUAGUUUUUUUAUUUAGAAAAUGUUCAUGUGUAGCUAGUUUUUUUCGUGUGCCAACUUUCUUUUUUUGCCUCAUUCUUCUAUAUAUAGACUUUGCACUCAACAUUUGAGCUCUUUAGCUAACCUGCUCGUAGUAAUUUUUUUCAUUUUGGUGUGACAUAGAAAAAGAUAUUCGUUAUUCUAAAUUUUUGUAAAUUAUAUGCCAAGAAUAUGUUGAACUGCAGGUUGUUAAUCAUGGCAUAGACCAAACAGUCCUCAACAAAGCACUUGGUGCUGCAAAAGAGUAUUUUCUCUUGCCUGCAAAUGAGAAGUUGGAGUUAAUGUCAGACGAUGUUCACAAACCAGUGAGGUAUGGGACAAGCCUUAAGGAUGGCGUUGAUAAGAUUCAGUUUUGGAGGGUCUUUCUUAAACAUUAUGCAAAUCCCUUGAAUGAUUGGGUGCAGUGUUGGCCUGAGAAUCCACCCACUUACAGGGAACAUAUGGGAGCAUAUUCUUCAGAAGUGCAAAAACUAGGAGUUGAAUUAACAGGAGCUAUCACAGAGAGUCUUGGUUUGGGUCCCAAGUAUGUGAGUGAUAAGAUAGAACAAGGCAUGCAAGUAAUAACUACAAACUGUUACCCACCAUGUCCUCAACCUCGUCUCACACUCGGGUUACCUCCACAUUCAGAUUACAGCUGUUUGACCAUCCUACUUCAGGGCUCCCCAGGGCUAGAAAUCAUGGACAUGCAAGACGGUGGCUCGUGGAAACUCGUGCCAAAUGUAGACGGUUCCUUGCUAGUCCACAUAGGUGAUCAUUUGGAGGUAUUAAGCAAUGGGCUGUACAAAAGUGUGGUGCAUAGGGCUGUUGUUAAUUCUCAGAAGACUAGGAUAUCCAUUGCAAGCUUCCAUAGUUUGGGGUUGGAUGAGAAAAUGGAGCCUGCUUUCCAGUUGGUAAAUGAGAAUCAUCCCAAGGCAUACAAGGGAAGUAGUUUUAGGGAUUUCUUGAAUUUUCUUAGUGCUAAUGAUAUUGGUCAAGGAAAUAUAUGCUUUCUUGACACCCUCAAAAUAGAGUAAACGGUAAUGCAGAUCACACUAAAAAACUCUAAAAGUAUCUUUUACUUUCAUUUUUGUAAAGAAUUAUUCUCUGUCCCUAAUUGUUUCCCCAUUUUAUAAUAAUGUUUUAUUAA